CCAUGCGCAGACUCAGUUCCUGGAGGAAGAUGGCGACAGCCGAGAAGCAGAAGCACGACGGGCGGGUGAAGAUCGGCCACUACAUCCUGGGCGACACGCUGGGCGUCGGCACCUUCGGGAAAGUGAAGGUUGGCAAGCAUGAAUUGACUGGACAUAAAGUUGCUGUGAAGAUACUCAAUCGGCAGAAGAUUCGAAGCCUUGAUGUGGUAGGAAAAAUCCGCAGAGAAAUUCAGAACCUCAAGCUUUUCAGGCAUCCUCAUAUAAUUAAAUUGUACCAGGUCAUCAGUACACCAUCUGAUAUUUUCAUGGUGAUGGAAUAUGUCUCAGGAGGAGAGCUAUUUGAUUAUAUCUGUAAAAAUGGAAGGAAAUCUGAUGUACCUGGAAUAGUAAGAACAGGCUCCAUGAAGGAGCUGGACGAAAAAGAAAGUCGAAGGCUGUUUCAGCAAAUCCUUUCUGGUGUGGAUUACUGUCACAGGCAUAUGGUGGUUCACAGAGAUUUGAAACCUGAAAAUGUCCUGCUUGAUGCACACAUGAAUGCAAAGAUAGCUGAUUUUGGUCUUUCAAACAUGAUGUCAGAUGGCGAAUUUUUAAGAACAAGUUGUGGCUCACCUAAUUAUGCUGCUCCAGAAGUAAUUUCAGGAAGACUGUAUGCAGGCCCUGAGGUAGACAUAUGGAGCAGUGGGGUUAUUCUCUAUGCUUUAUUAUGUGGAACCCUUCCAUUUGAUGAUGAUCAUGUGCCAACUCUUUUUAAAAAGAUAUGCGAUGGGAUUUUUUAUACUCCUCAGUACUUAAACCCUUCUGUGAUUAGCCUUUUGAAGCAUAUGCUGCAGGUGGAUCCCAUGAAGCGGGCCACGAUAAAAGAUAUCAGGGAACACGAAUGGUUUAAACAGGACCUUCCCAAAUAUCUCUUUCCUGAAGAUCCAUCAUAUAGUUCAACCAUGAUUGAUGAUGAAGCCUUAAAAGAAGUAUGUGAAAAAUUUGAGUGCUCUGAAGAGGAGGUUCUCAGCUGCCUUUAUAAUAGAAAUCACCAGGACCCUUUGGCUGUCGCCUAUCACCUAAUUAUAGAUAACAGGAGAAUUAUGAAUGAAGCCAAAGAUUUCUACUUGGCAACAAGCCCACCUGAUUCUUUUCUUGAUGAUCACCAUUUAACUCGACCCCAUCCAGAAAGAGUACCAUUCCUGGUUGCUGAAACGCCAAGGGCACGCCAUACUCUUGAUGAGUUAAACCCACAGAAAUCUAAACAUCAAGGUGUAAGGAAAGCAAAAUGGCACUUAGGAAUUAGAAGUCAAAGUCGACCAAAUGAUAUCAUGGCAGAAGUAUGUAGAGCAAUUAAGCAGUUGGAUUAUGAAUGGAAGGUUGUAAAUCCAUAUUAUUUGCGAGUUCGAAGGAAGAAUCCUGUGACAAGCACCUACUCUAAAAUGAGUCUACAGUUAUAUCAAGUGGAUAGUAGAACUUAUUUGUUGGAUUUCCGUAGUAUUGACGAUGAAAUUACAGAAGCCAAAUCAGGGACUGCUACUCCACAGAGAUCAGGAUCAAUUAGCAACUACCGAUCUUGCCAAAGGAAUGACUCAGAUGCUGAGGCUCAAGGAAAACCCUCAGAAGUUUCUCUUACCUCAUCUGUGACCUCACUUGACUCUUCUCCUGUUGACUUAGCUCCAAGACCUGGAAGUCACACAAUAGAAUUUUUUGAAAUGUGUGCAAAUCUCAUUAAAAUCCUUGCACAGUAAAACUAAAAUGUUGCUUAUUUGUUUGAUAGCAAUAAGCAUGCAUAAUAAACAAUAGCCAAAUGCUUCCAUUUAUAAUCAAGUUUUAUACACACAUAUAUAAUUAUAACUAAGGAUUGGCCUUUUGAAAUGCAAUUUGCACAAAGAUUGGAACAUGACUGGAAGUUACAGGCUGAUGUGCUGAAAUGAAUUAAGAUAAUUUUGUUGUUUAUUGUUCAGGAGUCAUAUAGAAAAUAUAUAAUGAAUUAUAGAUCUCUCAGGCUCACUUAAUUUUUGGCUCUUUUAUAUUUGGUGUACACAGGGCUAUUUAGAUUAUUAAUUUACCAUACAGGCCUUCAUGUGUUAUUACAUGUUGAUAUGUUCUAUAUUUGCUUUAUAAAUUUAUUCAAUAAAUACUUGUCUAGACUCUGUAGACUUUCACAGGUCAUUUUUUUUUUUUUAUUCCUUAAAUAGUAUUUCACAGUAGUAGUUAUGGCUUGGAUGAUUUCUUCCAUAUCUCCCUUAAAAUUCUACAUUAUAUGGUAGGUUGUAGCAGAUAGUAGAAUCAAUUUAAAUUUUUUCUUUAGCUUUAGUAAGUCUCAUGCACACAGAUACUCUAGGCACUAAGUUUAAUCUUAAGAUUUGUUUCCCUAUGCCCUGUAUAUAAAAUGUCCUUUUUAAGAGCUGAGUUGCAUACACUGUAAAUAAAUUGUGUUGUAUUUGCCAAAUUCA